AUGACCAGCGCAACACUCCCCCCUCAAACCUCCACACCCGUCCCGCUAGCUCCCAGCCAGGCAAAGCGGCUUUAUGGGGCCAUUCACCUCUUCUGUGCCCUGAAGAAUGCACUUCCCCAUGUGUCGAACCCCCAUACGCCGGACGAUGACUCUAUUGUUACCACGCCCGACGACGAUCGCGCCCUGUAUAGGUGCUUUGUCAACAAGAUUGCGCAAAUUUGCGAUACUAAGCAUGGGGGAGACACCGUCACGAGCGCCAUGAUUGUCCAGCCUGGUCAGGUGGAAUACUGGAUUGCCUCUAAUAGUCGCACCAAGAAACAGAUGGCCAGGGUCAAGAAUUUUUUGUCUGACGAGAUCUUGAAAGUACUUGGAAGCAUGAAAGGGCAAGAUCUGGAAGACGAAGCCAAGGUCAAGGCCGUCUCGGACAGUCUGUUGAAGAAGGUCAUCGCGUUCUGUCGGUGGCGCCUGUACAAGUACCUCAGAACAUUGGUUGACAAUAUUGGACUUUGCCUUGAGAGCUGCGCCAAGGACGCUGGCGCUGAGGCUAAGCUCCCCAGCCCCCUCCAGAUCAAGGAAAGAAUGUGCACAGGCAAAGACCUCCUCAACCGCCUCACCACCGACGUUGAAGUUCACGCCGCUUACGACUUCUUUUCCCCCCAGCUCCAAGCCAGGGAUUUCGACGCCGGCCUCGAAAAUUCCAUCAAAGACCCCAAGUGCAUCACCACCGUCCAUGCAGAAGUAACACUCUUGUCCAACCUCCGCAGGGAGACCCUUUGCCCUUCCCCUGGCAGGGAGGAUGCACAUUGGGAUUUCUUCAUGGAGGAUAAAUUCGGGAGGUACAUCGGCUGUUCCAAGCCCACUUGCAUGCUGUGUGACAUUUACUUUGAUGCUUCUCCCGUUAAGGUGGAUAGGAGAAAGGGACACGGCAAUUUGUAUCAUAAGUGGAGGGUGGCGGAUAUCAUCCAGGGUUCGAUGGUGAAUGGGGCAGUGGAAAUGUUGGUGAGGGAGAGGAAGAAUGUGAUUGAGGAGAUGAUCAAGACGCUGAAAAAGGAGGUGAAGGGGGUGUUGGUGGAGAGGAGGGGAUGGAGGGGGAGUAGACAUGAUAGUCGGGCUACGCCUUCGGAUCCGUUUGGGUCUGCGGUCACAGCUGCGGGGAGCGUGAGGGGUGGUUUGACGGAGGGGAGGUUGAUGCAAGCGCAGGCUGGCCUGCAUGGGAGUGUGGGUAGUGGAAGUGGGAGUGUUCAAGGUCGUGGUAGGCGGGGGAGGUUGGUGUUGGAGGAGGUGGAGGAGGUGGAGGAUGAGACUGAUGGUGACCAGGGGGAGUGCAUGGAGGGAGAUUCUAUGGAGGAGGUCAGCAGAUUGAUGGGUCAGUUGAGUGUCACUCGCGGUCGUAAGGAGGAGGAGGAUGAUGAUGAUGAUGAAGGUGGCGCCAAGCUCUAG